AUGGCUUCUCUUUCACUUUCACCUUCACCGCCCUUACGCGUCAUUCUCAAUCGUAAUCGUAACACCGCCUUCUUCACUUCUUCAAUCUCUCAAAACCCUUCUCGAAUUUCCUUCUUGGGAAAUCGUAAAGCAGCAAGCUUUCUAGUUAAAGCAGCGAAAUUGGAAAGGAGAGAGCUUCUCAUCGCAACUCUAGGAGGGUUCGGAGGUUUCUACUGCGGAUCGAAGAUGAGCCAAGCAACAGGGGAUUUGGGUGAACCAGCAGCAGCAUAUGCGGCCGAGACUUCUUCAGACAACAAGGUUGUGGAACUCACUCAGUUCCCGAUCACUCUUGACUCGAUGAUCAGCGUGGUUGUGCCGCGACCCAAGAAGUCGAGAACCAAGAAGGAGAAGGAAGAAGAAGAGGAGGUGCUGGCGAUUCAGGGGAUUGAGUUCUUGGCAGACGAGGCUGUGAAGUUCGACGUGCACGUGAACGACGACGAGGACUCGCUGAGUCGACCCGACGCGUCCGAGUUCGCGGGAAGCUUUGUGUAUUUGCCGCAUAAGAGGAAGACGGUGACGACCAGCCUCAGGCUUGGGAUCACGGACUUAUUGGACGACGUGGGCGCCGACGGCGAUGACAGCAUCAAGGUCACUCUGGUCCCCAAGUAUGUGAAACGACCUGUCACAAUUCGUCACAUCAAGAUCGAGUUUCUAAAGUAG